GCAAAGUUCCGGCGGCAGCUGAGGAGUCACGUCAGAGACUCUGUCCGACACCAGUUCACCAGAGGCGACGUGCCGAGUGGGUCGGUCGUUAGUCAGACACCUUUCCGGUAUUUACUUUCUUUUGUGGUCAACACCGGGAGACAACCAUGGCGGCGGGAUCCGAGUGUCGUUCACCUCCUGUCCGGAGAAGGACGCUCGUGUUGUGGCUCUGCUCCGCGCUGUGUUCCACCGCUGCAGCCAAAGGGGAGAUGUCCCAUGUCCACUCCACGUUGAGCAUUUCCGCCCCCCACCUGUUCUUCACCUGUCCCGAGGGUGCAACUGUCAAACUGGUGUGUGCCCAGAGAGGGGCUGCCUUGCACCCCACUGACCUCUUGAAGAGAAGCUGGCUGUUCACGCCCCACAGUGAUCAGCACUGUUCUGGAAGGGAGGGCCCACGCCAUACUACCUUCGGGGGUCAUCACCACGGCAACCACAGCACGCCCCCAGAGUUGCACUUUGGAUUUUCAGAGCAGAAUUUCUGGGUCAUUCUGCAGAACUUGACCCAUGCUGACCAGGGGCGCUACUGCUGUUUGGUCCUAGACGUCCAGAUGAUCAAUAAACAUCCCACUCUGGUGCAGAAACCCCACAGCCAUAUUGUCCUCCAUGUUACACCACGGAGAAAUGGAUCCCAAGAUUGCACCGUCUGGGAUCCCACACCAUCUGGAGGCACUGUGCCAGUGGCCCUGGCCAUAGCAGCUUGCAUCUUGGCUCUGCUCUCUCUGCCUCUCAUUCUGGUGCUUGUGUACAAACAGAGGGAGAACACCCAUUCGAGUAGACGUGCACAAGAGCUGGUGAGGAUGGACAGUGAGGCCCACGGCCACGAGAACCCAGUGUUUCUUGGGGGAUCACCACAGAUUAAGACUCGCACCGUUUCUCAGAUCAUGGCCAGACAGUCCUCUGAGACAGGACGCCACCUGUUGUCUGAGCCAGGAACCCCUCUUUCUCCCCCUGCACAUGGGGACAUGGUGUUCUUCCCAAUAGAAGACACCAUCCCCGAGUCUCCAGACUUCCUGCAGGUUUAAAGAGGGGUGAAACCUCAUUCACUGCUCUGACUGCUGACGGGGAAACAGUCCUACAACUCUUUUCCUCUUCUCUCUGCCUUCAGAGCGAUGUUGCCCCUGUAAACUGUCUCACAAUAACCUCUGCUGGGAUUGGCAUCUGUAUAUUGUCUGGACCGCAGGAGGGAAUGGAUUAUUUCCACUUGCAUCAACAGCUGGAGGCCAAAAGCAAACUUUUGCUUGCGAGUACUCGUGUUGCGGUGGGGGCUGAUUUUGUGCGUGACGUUCCAUCUAACUGGUGACAACAGCUUGAGGGCCGACAGGGGCCUCGGUCAGGUGGGGCCCGAUGCUUGAGAAGAACCCAGAGUGAGGGUCCUGCGAUGUGCAGAGUGAACCUGUGGACUCCCUCCACAUUGGUGCAGUUCAAACUUUAUUUUUUUUUAUAAUUUAGUAGUUCCUUGUUUAAAGUAAGAACACAGUGAUAGCACCCCCUCGAUCACGUGAACACAUCUCUCUUCAAGAUCUAGUCAUCUCAAACCAGACUGGAACUACAAGACAACAAGGUAUACGUUUUUCAAACUGGAAGUCCGACAGUGACCUCUCAUCCCCGUGAGGGUUGUGCUAGUUUUAAACCAAAGGAGGAAGAUCGUCAAAAAAAUCCAAAUAUUAUGGUGCAAGCGGACCGAAAUUUGUUGUUUUAUGGCAAAACUGUAUCACGCACACUUGGCCUUAGCUUCUUUUUUCCUCCCUCUCUGCUACCUCAGUCACCGUCAGCUCUGUUGCUCUAAAUAGUCUCAUUCCUUCCUGUACUCUCAGAAACACAGCACUUCACAGUGGCCUUAAACAUUUUCAUUAGGUGCUGAACAUUUUGUAAGUACAGUGUUUAGGACAAAUCUGCUGGUUCUUGUUGAUAUUAGUUGCUGAUUGUCAUUCAUGCUUGUGUACAGUUUUGAUAGUUAAAAAUAAAAUGUUUAUUGAUUUUUAUCUCAAAUGUAGCCUUAUAGAUUUUUAAUUAAAAACGUUACACAUCUGCCAUUCGUUUCUUCACAGCCAUCGCAAUACUGUUUUGUAAAUAAUUGUGUAAUUUUUCUUUUGGGAUGUCUUUCUUUCUUAUUUUUUAUGUGCAAUGGGACUGUUAAAAACUAAAUACUAUUUAGGAUGUGUGAGAAGGAAUGGCUUUGAGAUGAUCACCAAAGAUUAAUCAUAUAAGGUAGAUUAAAGGAGGAUGACAAGUGAUUGCCAGUGAUUACUGUCUAUAUGUUGACUUAGGUCUGUGGGUGAAACCACUGGUGGUAAAAUGUGCACAGCAGGUGUCAAGCGGAAAUCAUUUUCUAUUGACGUGUAGCAGGUGUAGAGGACAGGGUAUGUUUAUUUUUCAGUAUUUGUGGUGUCAAAUGUGACCAUGUUCCUGUGUGUUUGUUUGUAGACGCAGUUUUUUAGCAAUUUCAGUUUGUGUGGUUCAUACUGUAAAACGCUUGUAUUAGACAUAGACAGACCACUGCCGUGAAAGCACAUUUGUUCCGUAUAUUACAUUUAAUUUGUCCUGGUUGUAGCUUUGAAAUAAAGUGAAGCUCUUAAACCUUAAAA